AUGGACACUGCGGAGAAUACGCAGCACCACUUCCGAUCCUCCGUCAUGCGCCCUCACAGCAACCUCCCACGACCAGGCGCCUUCGCCUCUGGCCUCUCCGAAAUGAACGAAGCGCAAAGCAACGCGCGCGCGCACCCGUCCAUGAUACCGCCGCCGGGCGCAUCCAAGAUUGGCUCCCUCAACAGCGCCAUGAACCUGAAGAGGGAGGUCCCCAAGCCAGGUUGGUCUUACUACCCUCCCGGCUUGCGCUGGCAUGACUGGUUGCGGCUGCUGACCGUGCCUUCUACAGCUGAGCAUUCGGCUACCAAGCACCACAAGACCCUCGCCGAGAGGGCAGGCGAAUACCCGGCGAAGCCAUCCUCGGCGGCGGCAGGCGCGGGUGCUUCUGGUAUCGCCAGGGCCCCUUCUGUCAGGCGGGUGCCCGGGUCGACAUUGGCAGAGACCUCGAAAUGGAACGACGACAUCACGAUACAAUCAGAGCAGCAGCUUCUCCGCGAGCGCGAGCGUCGGCCCCCGAGGCCAUGA